CUUCAGUCAGUGGAGACACACCACACUGGAACAGAGAAGCAACCUGGGAGGAGAAGUACGAGAAAUCUCCAACUGUCUGGAUUAGACAGACUGUAGGAAGAUUCAUAUCAACUUGGCACGUUUAGAUUCCCCGGUCCCUCACACAGAGGUCCCUCACACAAAGGACGAAUCUCGUGUUGAAAGAGGGAUAUUGUUGCCAUGGCAUCGCCGAGCGAGAGCGGCGACCAGACGGUCCCCUCGGGGGAGGAGGACACAGUCAGAAGCAUCCAGUCUCACUACCUGAGGAGUCCCUCACCCAGCAAUUUCUCCACAAUCUCAGAGUCCAGGUUCUCCAUGAUCUCUGGCUCGGAUGCCGAGAGCAUCUUCAUGGAGCCCAUCCACCUGUCGUCUGCCAUCGCUGCCAAACAGAUCAUCAGCGAAGAGCUGAAGCCUAGACGGGUGAGGACGGAGUCCAUCCCAGAGUCCAUGCUGGAGACAGCUGAGCAGCUGAUGGUGGAGGACCUGUAUAACCGUGUGAAGGACAUGAUAGACGACCGCAGCCCGUACAACACGCCCUGCGUGAUGGACAUCCAGCGGGCCAUGGUGCAGGAUCGCCUGGAGGCGCCCUUCAGGCCUGUGGAUGAGGUGUGGUCCAACAUCUUCAUUGGAGAGAAAUCUGUGGCGGUAAAUAAAGGCCGUCUGAAGCGCCUGGGCAUCACCCAUAUCCUAAAUGCAGCCCACGGUACCGGGGUCUACACCGGGGAGGCGUUCUACGCAGGCAUGAACAUCCAGUACAUGGGCAUCGAGGUUGACGACUUUGCCGACGCGGACAUCUCUCCCCACUUCCGCACUGCGGCCGAGUUCCUAGACGAGGCUCUGCUGACACACAAAGGGAAGGUGCUGGUCGACUCCAUGAUGGGUGUUAGUCGCUCCGCCGUGCUGGUGGCGGCCUACCUUAUGAUCUUCCACCACAUGACCAUCAUGGAGGCCCUGACGGCCCUGAGGAAGAAGCGAGCCAUCAACCCCAACGAGGGCUUCUUGAAGCAGCUGCGGCAGCUGAACGAGGCGCUGCUGGAGGAGCGUGACGAUGAUGACGACACCCUCAGCCAGUGCUCCGUCAUCGACACCCUCGCCCGCCUGGACGAGGAGCAGAGCAUGAUGGGGGUGAAGGCCCAGUCCAUCAUGAUGGAGGAGGAGGAGGAUGGAGCCAGCGUGAUGAGCAGCGUGGCGUCGUCCGCCGCUGCCCUGCUGCCCGGCCCGGCCCCAGACCCCAGCGGGGGGGGGGGGCAGGGGGGUCAGGGAGGCACGGAGGCCCUGAUGGAGAAGGAGAACGAGGAGGAGGACGAUGUGGGCAGCAUGAUCCGAGAGUGGCAGAGGAGGAACGAGAAGUACCAGAACGAGGAGUGGUGGGAGGCCCAGCUGCAGAGUGAUGGGGAGGAGGAGGGGGAGGAGGGGGGGGAGGAGGGGGGAUCGCUCCCCGGGGGAGGGAGGCCAGGCCAGCCAGCAGUCGGAGAGGACCUGGAGAGCGUGACCAGUGAGGAAGUCCGGGCCGUGAGGGAGAGGGUAAAGGCGAGGGUGGGGCGGAGAGACUGUGACUCUCAGUCCAGCUGCAGCAGUUACUCUGACCUGUGGAAGCAGCGUCUGAAGGAGAUCGAGGAGCAGGCUGCGGCCCGUUACCGCAGCAACAACGACAACAGUGGGGGGAGCACCAACAAGGAAGAGAGGAGGAGCCUCGACGAGGAUGUGGAGAGCGUGAUGUCAGACACCAGCUCCAUGUACAACUUCUGCAAAAGGAACAAGGACAAGAUGACCCCCCUGGAGCGCUGGAGGGUCAAGAGGAUCCAGUUUGGCUGGAAUAAGAAGGACGGGGCCAAGGAGGGCGGGGCGGCGGGGGGGGGAGGCGGUGGGAGGGAGGCGGGUGAGCGAGAGGCGACUCCGUCCCUGGAGGACGUCAACCUGACGGCGUACCAGAGCUGGAAGCUGAAGCAGCAGAAGCGUAUGGGCGAGGACAACAAGGACGACGUCGUGGAGCUGAGCCGCGGAGACGACUCGGCCACCGUGAAGCGCCGGCAGCGCCGAGAGGAGCUUCUGGAGCGGUCGCGGAGGACGCUGGAGGAGAGCCAGUCCAUGUGCGGCUGGGACACGGAGAGCAGCUUGAGCGGGAGCACCGUGCCGCUGUCCGCCUUCUGGGCGGGAGCAGGCGUCACUACUGCCAGCAGCGAGGACAACGUCUCCAUGCUGAGCGGCAGGUCUUCCGUCAUGUCCCAGAGCCGCAGCGUCAGGUCGCAGCCCCCGGGCCUGCCACUGACUCCAGUCCCCAUCCUCCCAGUCCCCACCCUGCCGGGCCCUGGAGGGGAGCCCAUGGUGAACCUGGCCAGCAUCCAGAACUGGAUCGCUAACGUGGUGACGGACACGCUGAACCAGAAGCAGGCGGAGAUGAGUCUGCCUCACUCCCGAGCCGGCUCGGUGCUCAGCUUCGAUGGAGGCUCCAGCCUCUACUCGGGUCGUGGCGCGGCUGACGACAAAACCUCUGUGCUCAGCGGAGCCUCCUACUCCAGCACGCUGUGCAACAGACAUGGCCCUGCCGGGGGAGCCUCUAGCCUCUCUGGGAUGGGCUCCCGUAGAAACAAGAUCACCACCACUAGCGUACCGCUGUACAGCCUCUUUCAGGACCAGGUCAACCUGCACAAACUGGACCUGAUGGACAAGGAAAUAAAGUCAGAGAUGAGGGACAAGAUGGCCUCCUAUGAGGUAAAGAAGAUUGCCGAGGAUAACAAGCGCAGCACGCUCUACAAGAAGAAGCCCAAAGAGGAGGAGAAGGAUGAGGAGGAAGAGGACAACUUCUCACCGGGAAAGACCUCCACGAACUCCAAAGGACUCCGUGGGGACACUUCUACCCCCAAGAAACCUACCCGGAGCUACGGCCUCUCUGGCAGGUUGAAUCUUUCCACGGCCCUGGAGAGAGACAAAAACACCAGCAUUGAUGAGUGGCUGAACAGUGUCAGACCUCCCCAGAGGAGGCAGGAGGGGGCAGAGAGAGCCAUACCUGGAUCCUCCAGCACACUCAGCGAGGGAGAAGACGAGGACGAGGAUUUCACUUCACCGUACCAGUUCAGACGCCGGGCCGACACAGAAUCGAGUCCAGACCACAGCCCUGAACCAUAUCACCCAGCCAGACGAUCGCCUCUAGACAUGAGCUUGAAGGAGUCAAACUCUUACAGCAGAGCUGGGGGGUCAAACUCUUACAGCAGAGCUGGGGGGGAGGAGGGAGACGAGAGCCAACCGGAGUAUUCAGCCAAGAGAAAGUUCACCAAUUACUCUCAGUACAGGGAACCCCAGGAUGGGAGAGGAGGAGGAGAGGGGGAGGAGAGCGGGAGGAGAGGGGGGGGAGAGAAGGAGGAGGAGAGUGAUGUGGCUGCGUUCAUCCGCCAAACCAGACAGAGGUCCAGAGCUCAGGCUGCAGCAGAGCUGGAGAACGAUGAUGUCAUCGCCUCUUGGAGAGCUCAACUGGAGUCACAUAGUCACAGAAGCAGGGAUCUGGAGGACUGAAAUGAUGGAAAUCACAGCGGGUGGCAAACUGCUGUUUUUUUGUUGUUAUUUUAGACUGAUAACAUAAAGGCAAAUGCCAGAGAUACAGUGGUUAGUUCACAGUAUUAAAGGUCCAUGCUCAUCUUACAGGGAAUAUGUAGAGCUAACUGUAUAAUUGAAUAAAAACAUUAAAAUAUC